AGGCGACCCAAGAGGCCCCCAAGAUCGCCCCAAGACGUUCCGCAGCCAUUUUGGCUCAAGCGAUUGUGGCGCACGUUUUCUGUUAUUGCACUCGCACUGAUCUCCAUUCUAGGGCCUUGCCGGCCCAGUGGCUUACCCGCAUAGGCGAGCGAAGUUUUCCUGUUUCAUCUCGUGCAGAGCCACAUGGCGACCCGUGCCUUGUGUGUUGCGGUGUUAUUUGCCCCCAGCAUGACUUCCGCGGGUCAUAGUACCCGCAUGCAGGACACGAUGAACGUGCUCUACACGCACGAGGCAUACUCCAUCUUCCAGUCGGAUGUGGUUGCUGAUUUGGGAAACAGCAUUGACAAGGCGCUCGCUGCAUGCCAAGCCAAGGCGAAUGCCAUUGGAGGCAGUCAGCUUGCCAACGACGCCAAGCCAAUUGGCAACUACGCCGCGAACUAUGGAACUGCAUAUUCCUACUGCAAUGGCAAGGUCCACGUGUUCACCGCACCGUACAUGGGCGAGACACAGUACGCGGUCGGGACCGACACGGUGACCGUGGGCAAUUACCACGAUGGCUCUGGUAGCGGCGACUGUGGAUUGGGUGGUUGGACGUUCAUCGGAGGUGGGAUGAGCUGGAAUUCUGAUAGCAGCGGUAAGAUGGUACAGUGCGCCGUUACCACAGCUGUACUCGCGUCUAUUCCAGCGACGAGUUCGGCCGUUGGUGACCCCCAUAUGCAGAAUGUGCAUGGCGAGCGAUUCGAUUUGAUGGUACCAGGCAGUCAUCUGUUGGUCAACAUUCCUCGUGGAGAGGUUGCUGAGAACGCACUGCUUCGCGUGCAGGCCGAUGCGCGCCGAUUGGGUAAACAGUGCGCGGAUAUGUAUUUCCAAGAAGUGAACGUGACUGGGUCUUGGGCAGAGGCAAAACAAGCUGGAGGAUAUCAUUACAGCGCGUCGCAAAGAGAGGGCGACCUUCCAGAGUGGGUUGUUUUCAAUAAGGUCCAGCUGAAGAUCGUGCACGGGCAUACGGACAUGGGCUUGUCGUACUUGAAUGUGUACGUGAAACAUCUAGGAAGAACGGGUUUUGUUGUCGGAGGCCUUCUGGGAGAAGAUGACCACAGCGUCGCAAGCACGCCCGAGGCUGCGUGCAUGAACCAUCUGAGUCUGGAGACGCGCGCGCAGCGGCGCGGCAGUGUUUUCCAGGCGGGUUCGACCGCCGAGGGGUCGUUCCCCUGAUCUUCGCCAUGACGCUUCUGCACAGCGCAGGGGGCGCGCUGCCUCAGCGGGUGCGGCGUAGGGCAGGCAUGUAUUCCGUCAGUCCCCCUUGUCGCCCGAUCUGAAGAAUCGGCUCGGCUUUCGUCGCGCAUCCUGCGCCUUUUGACGAGGCCCAUUAUUCUAAGAGUGCAUCUUGACCUUUUGCCACGGGAUAAAGACCUUCACCAUGCCCCUCCAUGUUUCAUUUUCCCUCCUCCGCAACCUCCACCUUCCCAUUCCUUCAUCGCGACGUGGCUGAUCGUGCCGAGGCAUGUCGCCAGCCAUGAAAGUGGGUGCAUUCGCAUGUUUUCCCAACCAUCCUGUGGUGUUGGGUCCUCUUUCGAAGAGACGGUCCCCGCGUUUCUCUUCUCCUCCUCCCCAUCCCGCUGGCCCCUUCCUCCUCCUCCUCAUCAUCAGCAGCAUCAU